AAUGAAGGGAGUAAUUAAUAAAAUACAUACGGGUAAUAAUUAUGAUAAAGAAAAGUGGCCAACUACAGUCCAAAUCCGGUAGGGGCGCUUUGUUUGGUCCAAAUCUAAAGUUCUAUCACUAUAGUAAACUACGUCUAUAUUGUCACUAAUCAUUAUUGCUAAUUUACUAUUUGCCACAGAGAAAAAAUGAAAAAAAAGAUUAAAACAACUUGCAAAACACUUUAAGCCCACGAGAAAGAAAAUCAAGCUAAGACUUAUUAUAUAUAAAUUCAUUAGACACUGCUAAAUGUUAAUCAUUUAAGGCAAUAUAUACAAACUACCCACCAUUCUCCUACCCAAAUUAAGCACACAGCAAAGACUGAAAUUAUGAAGAUCCAGAAAUACCAAUCCCAAUUAAUGUUCAUAUAUAUGCUAUUGUUUUCCUACCACAGGUAUGCAAUAGCAGAGAGAAAGCAUGAAAAUCGAGAGAGAAAAACUUACAUAGUACAUAUGGACAAGUCCCACAUGCCAGCAAGUUUCGAACACCAUCAUGAGUGGUAUUAUACGUCACUUAAAUCUGCUGCAGACUCUGCAGAGAUGCUCUACACCUACAACAGUGUAAUUCAUGGCUUUUCGACGAGGCUGACUGAACAGCAAGCUAAAUCACUAAAGAGCCAACCAGGGACUCUCUCUAUUGUGCCUGAAACAAGAUACGAGCUCCACACAACACGAACACCUGAGUUCCUGGGGCUAGGGCUAGGGCUAGGUGAAAGUGAUCAGCUCCUGCCAACCUCUACUUCACAGAGUGAUGUGAUUAUAGGACUGAUUGACACAGGUGUGUGGCCAGAACUUAAAAGCUUCGACGACAUGGGGCUAGACCCUGUGCCCAGUAGCUGGAAGGGUGAGUGUGAGGAAGGUAAAAACUUCAAGUCCUCAGACUGCAAUAGGAAACUUAUAGGUGCAAGGUUUUUUUGCAAGGGGUAUGAAGCUAUUCUAGGACCAAUUGAUGAAUCAACUGAAAGCAAAUCACCAAGGGACGAUGACGGUCAUGGUACCCACACAGCAACUACAGCAGCUGGUUCAGCCACUACCAGCGCUAGUCUUUUUGGAUAUGCAAGUGGGACAGCUCGAGGGAUGGCUCCACAUGCCAGAAUUGCAGUAUACAAAGCCUGCUGGCUAGGUGGGUGCUUUACCUCUGACAUAUUAGCUGCAAUGGAGAAGGCAAUUGAUGAUGGAGUUAAUGUUUUGUCCAUGUCUGUUGGAGGCAGCAUCUCUGACUACUACAUGGACACGGUUGCUGUAGGAGCGUUCUCUGCAAUAAGAAAGGGGAUCUUGGUAUCCUGCUCUGCCGGAAAUGCUGGACCUGACUCUGGUAGCUUGUCUAAUGUUGCUCCAUGGAUAACCACUGUGGGUGCUGGUACAAUAGACCGUGAUUUCCCAGCAUACGUUACCCUAGGAGAUGGGAGGAAUUUUACUGGUGCAUCACUUUACAGUGGUAAGCCUCUUCCCAACAAGUUAUUAUCCCUUAUUUAUGCAGGGAAAGCAAGCAACAUGACAAAUGGCAAUUUUUGCAUGAGCGGCAGCUUAAAUCCGGCAGAUGUUUCUGGGAAGAUUGUUGUGUGUGAUCGAGGGGGAAAUUCGAGGGCCCAAAAAGGUCUAGUAGUAAAGAGGGCUGGUGGUGUGGGUAUGAUCUUGGCAAAUUCUGAAGCCUAUGGAGAAGAACUAGUUGCUGAUGCCCACCUCAUACCUGCAGCUUCUCUUGGACAAAACGAAGCUGAUGAUAUAAAGAAGUACAUCUUAUCCGACGAUAAUCCAACAGCAACAAUUGGUUUUUCAGGGACAGAGCUAGGCGUGAAACCAUCACCAGUUGUGGCAUCAUUCAGCUCCAGAGGUCCCAAUCCACUUACUCCAGAAAUACUGAAGCCUGAUUUGAUUGCUCCAGGUGUCAACAUCCUGGCAGGCUGGACGGGCAGGGUGGGUCCAACUGGGUUGGAGAGUGAUACAAGGCAUGUGAGCUUUAACAUCAUUUCAGGAACAUCUAUGUCAUGCCCGCAUGUAAGCGGUCUUGCUGCACUAGUGAAGGCUGCCCAUCCAGAAUGGAGCCCUGCAGCCAUCAAAUCCGCCCUUAUGACUACAGCAUACACAGCCUAUAGGAACGGAAAACCAAUCAUUGAUGUUGCCACAGGACUUCCAUCAACACCAUUUGAUCAUGGAGCAGGGCAUGUGGACCCUAUUGCAGCCCUUGAUCCAGGCCUCGUCUACGAUGUCACAGUCAACGACUACAUUGACUUUCUAUGUGCUCUAAACUACAGCUCAGACCAAAUUAAGCAUACCACUUCCCAGGAAUCCAGCUGUUCCUCAGGCAAGACUUACAGAGUCAGAGACUUCAACUACCCUUCAUUAGCUGUCACUCUAGAAACAGCAUCAGAAAAUGGAGACGGUAGGGCAGUGAACUCUGUCAAAUAUACCAGGACCCUUACUAAUGUUGGAUCACCAGGAAUAUACAAAGCUUCAAUGUCCGUGCAUGAUGGCUCAAUAAAGGUUAGAGUGGAGCCAGAAUCGUUGAGUUUCAACAGAAUGAAUGAAAAGAAGAGUUUCAUAGUCACAGUUUCAGCUGGUUCCAUGCCCUCUGGCACCACCAGUUUUGGUCAUCUAACAUGGUCAGAUGGGAGACAUACAGUGACUAGUCCAAUCACUUUUACAUGGACAUGAGAAAAGUGCAACAUGAAUGUUGCAAAGGGCCAUAAUCCCCGUUUCCUAUACUUAAUUAUUCUCACCUCUUGUUUCAAUUUCAGCAAGGUAAACAAAGUUUACAAGUACUUAAUAAUCAUAAAGUGUACGCAGAACAAAUGUAUAAUUUUCAUUGGACUGAACUGUGGAGGAGUAAUAUAUGUAUUACCACAUAUACUUGCACUAUGAAAUGCUAAAUGGUUUGAAUUAACCCA